AACUUGGUGAGACGAAGAAAGAUUUCUGAGAGUUGGAUUCGCCGGCGGUGGGAUUGCGGCAAAGAGGCGCCAGAAACAGCUUCAUCGUUAACCCUAAAAAAAUGCUCAACCGAAUCCUCUAUCGCUCUCCCACUCCUUCUCUCCUCUUCUCCAGAACCUUCUCCUCUACACUUUUCGUCAAAGGGACAGAGUUUUGAUAAAAAUCUUGAUCUCAGAAGAGAUGUUACUUGGAAUCAUAACAACAAGGUGGAUGUUAUAAUGGACAAAAUCAGAUGUAGACCAAAAGGGUUUGCUUAUGUCACAUUCUCUUCUAAAGAAGACGCCGAGAAAGCUUUAUUAGAACUCAACGGGCAGUUGGUAGAUGGGCGGGUCGUGAUCCUCGACACAACGAAAGCUGUAAAACAGAAUCGACGAGAGAGCAAGCUAGAGCAUGCAGGUGGUGAUAAAUAG